AUGCCUGAUGAUCUUCACGAUAUAGCACGCUACCUCAAUGAUAUGAGAUUAUGUUUUAUUGCUUUAACACUAACCGGGUAUAUUCUUAUCGCAUUAUAUUGUGUCAUUUAUUGUGUCCGAAGAAAUCGACGGUUAACAAAUGGUGUAAACGGUAAUGCCUCAAGACGAGGCAGAUGGGAUUAUCAGGCGAGUUUGCAAGCAGAUAAUCGUGAAUUUCCACCUCAUGCGCAAACUGAUGAUUUAGUAUCGGUUCGGAGCGAUGGUCAAGGUAUUACCGGUGCCCAUUUGGGUCGCAAUCACCACCGAAAUCCACCUUUAUUUAUGCGGCAUGGCAUGAAUCAUGCUCAACAAACAGCAAGGUUGAUGCCAGAUCAAGACGGUGGUGUGAUAAAACACCAGAUACCGCAUAUAACAACAGAUCCACCGAGUAGUGACGAGGCAACACCACCGGUCAAAGUUCCGGAACUAGUUAAGGGUUCGAUUGAAAUGUAA